AUGACACCACUUCACCGUGCUGCAGACUGUGGCCACACACAAUGUGUCCAGCUUCUCCUCCAACACGAGGCGGAUGCCAAUAUACAGGAUAUGCUAAGGGAGACACCACUUCACUUGGCUGCAGUUAACGGCCACACGCAAUGUGUCCAGCUUCUCCUCCAACACGGGGCGGAUACCAGUAUACAGGAUGAGUUUGAGAUGACACCACUUCACAUUGCUGCACGCUGCGGCCACACACAAUGUGUCCAGCUUCUCCUCCAACACGGGGCGGAUGCCAAUAUACAGAAAGGGCUGGGGAAGACACCACUUCACUUGGCUGCAGAUCACGGCCACACACAAUGUGUCCAGCUUCUCCUCCAACACGGGGCGGAUGCCAAUAUACAUGAUGGGGUUGAGAUGACACCACUUCACUUGGCUGCAUUUCACGUCCACACACAAUGUGUCCAGCUUCUCCUCCAACACGGGGCGGAUACCAGUAUAAGUGCUUGUUGGCGGAAGACACCACUUCACUUGGCUGCCAGUGGCGGCCACACACAAUGUGUCCAGCUUCUCCUCCAACACGGGGCGGAUACCAGUAAACGUGAUUAUGAUGGGAGGACACCACUUCACUGGGCUGCAGAUCACGGCCACACACAAUGUGUCCAGCUUCUCCUCCAACACGGGGCGGAUACAAGUAUACAGGAUGAAAAGAAAAAGACACCAAGAAUGUUGGCAGAAGAAGAAAAGUGCACUGCCGUAGUUGAACUGCUGAGGCGUUUUGAAAUACAUGAUAUACAGAUGUACAUUCAAACCAGGACUCUGGAGCACCUUGCAGAAAUUUUAGACCCUAAAGAAUAUCUCAUAUUUAACCUGACCAACUUGGACUCGAAAUUUCCUGAAGUCUUUCAAUUGCAAAAAAUUCAAGGAUUGAAAGAUUGGGUCGCCAUGAACAAUUAUACCACUAUUAAAGAUAUUAAAGUUGGACUACUGGCUGCAAACUUUCUGCGGCUGUCCAGUGCGGCAGUAGAGUAUUAUGCUGAGAUGGUGAUAAACAUUACAAACAUGCCCCCCGAUGAAUUUGAGGCACUCUGUAGAACCCUGACCACUGCGAAGUACAUGUUCACACAAAGUUCAACAACCCGUAUUCCGCAAGUUACGAGCUCUUCACUGAAUAACCUCCGCUACGACGCAUUCAUUGCACACAGUGGUGAAGACAAGGGCGUCGUAGAACCUGUGGUAGAGCAGCUAGAAAAACAGGGAGUCAGGUGUUGCAUUGGCAGACGUGACUUUCACCUAGGAAAGUCGCUUUCAACUUCUAUUGAAGAAGCGGUUGAUGAAUCAACGUGCACCAUUGUGUUCCUGUCCACAAAUUUCAUGAAGAGCCAGUGGUGUACAAGGGAAAGAGAGCUUGCCAUUCAUAAAGCGGUGGAGUCAAGAGAAAACCCAGUUAUUCCAGUUCUAAUUGAUUUCUCUCCGCAGCAAAUCCCUUCUCCUUUCAAAGGCAUAAAAUGCAUUUCAGCCAAGCACCAAGAAUUGAUUCCAAAGUUAACCGAAGCAGUUAAAGGAUCAAAAAAGUCUCCGACGAACGGAGAGCUGCAAAUCGCGCUUCAGAAUGCACAGGAAGAAAUCGAGUUUCAACGAGACCAAAUCACAGUGUUGACAGGCAAACUUCGACUACAGUGAAGGUAGUAUUUGUGGGACCCUUGCACCGUAUUGGUUGAUACAGUUGAUUAAACUUUUAAAAACUGAUUAUGAUUUUGACAGUUUUGAAACAUCUUGCGUCACCUCAAGAACUACUGUACGUACAUGUAUUUUACUUUCAACAUUAAUUUCUCGUGGAAUAUCAGCGUAUUGUUUAUUCUAGGCCAUGCACAUAUAUUUACUGCAAAAAUUAAAUGAUUGCUGUUUUGCACUCUUCCUUAUCCUAUAAUUCCAAAACUUGUUUUUCGUCAUUGUUGCUCUCUUCCCACUAAGCAUAAGCCUUAUAUGUAGCACCGUCUGUGGUAGCCGUUAGGCAGGUUUAUAAUGUUAUUUAAGAAUAUAUCACAGUGGCGGAUUUAGAAGGGUGGGCUCCUACCCUCCCGUCCUCUUCGAUUUCUGAAAAAAAUCAAACCAACGUUCCCCUCUUGAAAGUAGAAUUUUGACUAGCUGAAUCGUAGUUCUAUGUCGUACCAAAUGGCACCAUGCGCCCUCUAAAGUACCAAAAGUUUUCAGGGUACUUCAGCGGGCCCAGAACCCUUGCCAAGUAGGGGGUGAGGGUCAGCUUUGCAUCUGCGGACCCCGACCCCUAUAAAUAAUUCUGGAUGAGCCCCUGUAUUAGUAUUUUCUGUUUGUAACGGUAUCGUUUAUAAUGCUUUCUUUUCUAGCCUUAGUAUCAAAAUUUAUGCAUAAAGUAUGCCACAAAAUCUACCAUGUUGCCCUUAAUAUGAGGGCUUUAAUUCUUCUGCUGUAAUAAUGCUUUAUUGCCUAUUCAACAUGCUGGUUAGAUGUUUACUAAGAAAUUUUUUAAGCCCAGAUAUAGGGUAGUUCUUGAGUUUUUUUUCUCUCGUUGUGUUAGUGAGAUAUCAGUGUAUGGAACAACCAUCGGGUUCACACUACAAACAUUAUACUAUAAAUUAUAGCAGUGUUGAUCAACAUUAUAUAUAUAUAUAUAUAUAUAUAUAUAUAUGGGAACUAUUAUUUUUGCGGAAAACGCAAUAUAUUAAUACAUCUUUAAUAUAAGCGAAUGUUUUGUGUGUGACAUGUAAUCAUGCUUACCUGUAGUGUAGUAGUACAAUUAAAUCCUUCGAUCCCCUUGGGGUUUAUACAUGUAGCUUCAAUUCUACACAGUGGGGUUUUUGUUUUGUUUAUUUAUUAAUAUAUAAUUGUUUUGCCGUUGCAUACCACUGUAUACUGGACAUUACAUGUGGAUCACAAAUGGUCUGCUCGUAUGUUUGUUUGUGGUCAGUUUUGUUUUUGGUGAGAAAGUUGUGUAAUGUUUUAUCAAAAAAGGUUAUAUUGACGAGGGUAAAUGUAUACACACUGACUAGUCGAAAACGCAAUAUAUUUUAAUAUUUAAAUAUAUAUCUUACUUAUGUAUAAUAUAUUUUUAGGAUACGAUUCAAAUGUUGUAAGCCAUUCCUUUUUAAUGUGAAAUGCUAUAGAUUUACUAUAUACAGUAGUAUGUCAUGUAGUAUAUCUUAAUAUAUCAUGGUUCUAAACAAUAAAUUUGUUUAAUAAUGUUUGAGUCCUUUGCUAUAGAGUUCCCACUCUUUACACAUCAUGGUUCGAAACCAUAAAUUUGUUUAAUCGUGCAAGUUCUUUUUUUUUAUCUAUAUGAGACAAGCUAGAGAGUUACCAAGUUUAUAGUAUGUCAUCACUUCAUAAGUCAUGGUUCCAAACCAUAACUUAAAAUCCUUUUCAGUGUGUUUGUGAAAAGUGCGAGUUCUACUAAUGUACUGGUACAUGCAAUAUACGUACAUGUAUAUUAUCACCUCGUAUCUCAAAUUCCACAAUGGUAUGUCCUAAAUUGGGUUCCUAUACUUAUAUCGAUCCAUCUGGAUCGACCUAACUUCCUGGUGGAUCGCGUUAAGUUGCUACGAGCUCAACUUGAGGCUUAACUGUCUGUCACGCCUACCGAAUCAGCUAGUGUAAAGAUAAUUACCCCCUAACAGCUUUACUAGGCGUGACAGACAUUUAAGCCAGUUAAGUUGAUCGCAAUUUAGUGAGACACCCCAAGGGAAACAGAUCGAUCCAAAACUAUGUAGGAAUGGUCCCCUAAAUUACAACUUAAACCCAUGGUAUGUUAUGUGCUUUAUGUAGUCCAAGUUAGUAAUUAAGUUUGUUGAGUUAUAUUACAUUGCUGUUGCUUUUGCUUCUUAGUGCUGAAAUAAAACGAAUCAGAAAAAUGUUUAAAAAUUUUUAAUGGAAGUUAAGGUUUAAUGUGGUUUGAUAACCGGUAGACACAGUCAAACCACACUGCUUUUUAACUUGGUGGUUUGAUAAACGAAAGUUAGGGGAAAAAUGUCGUCUAUCGUUGAGUUCAUUUUAUACCUGUCGGGAAUAAUAAUAAUAU